AGCGGGCUCAACAACAUGAACUUUGAGAUGCAGGUACGAGUCACCGCCACACAUCGACUGAGGGUGGACUUGAGCCAGUCGACGCCCAAAUGACGGCAUCAGCGCCCUGAUUGGCUGCAACACCCGUGCUCUUGCCUCGCCAAAAAGUACUUCAAGAUACUGAGUAUGUCGGCACUGUGAUCCGUUCGGCAGUCUGUGCGUGAUGACUAAAGGACUGCUGCCGGCUGCGUCUCCUUGGCUCCUACUUCCAGCGCCCAAUGGAUCCAGAACCUUGGAACUUCAGCAUAUGAGCGGUUGCGCUGCACUUGCGACAUCACUCGGCUCGCAGAGCAUUGAUUGCAACAGGAAGCGAAUGUUUCGGCACUGGCUGCUGUUUAGAAUCACAUAUACUUUACCUAUGCCACCAAAAGAUGACCGACUGCAAAGGCAACCUGCGUUAGGCCGCCAAUGCCUGCCGCCCACUUUGGACAGCACCCAUCUGCUGCAAUCGCAUCAGCUUGUGGCACCGUGUCCUGCACAUACUGAUCCGCAUCCAGGAGCUCAAGUUGAGAUGUGGUUCCAUAAGGGCUUACUUUACCUCUAUGGACAGCCACAUCUUCACGCUUUCGACGAUUCACACUCCAAUUGCAUUGUACAUGCUUGACCACCGAUUGAUUCUGCGUUCAAUCUCUGAGGAUAGAGAGUGUAUCGCUAGUACAGGGGGCUUGUUGGAAGGACCGACCGGUGAACAGAUGGCCUGUGCCGUGCAGGAACGCGUGAAACGCGCAGUGGGUGUUACCGGCCAUCUGGAUAGCUUUGAUCAUAUCCCGGUAACGACAGCUGCCGACUAAAAUCACCUGUUGGCGCAGCGCACGAGAUUGUGACUGGGUACAGUAAG